AUGAGCUCCCUCGUUCGCCGCCUGGGCAGGAGAGGUCCCCUCACCCACGUCCGCGCGCUCCACGCCUCGACCUCAACAGCGACUCCUGCGUCGUCAAAGCAAGCGACCGCCCAGCUGUAUUCGUCCGGCCGCCAGCCCAUUGCACUUUCAUCCGCAGGCAUCACAUUCACUCUGGAGGAUGGCCGCAAGGUUCUUGACGGAAUGAGCGGCGGCGCAGCCGUCCAAUGCCUGGGAUCGACCAACCCCGACGUGGUCGCGGUCAUGGCCAAGCAGGCCGCUCAGCUUCCCUACGCCUGGCACCAGUCGCUGGGCAACGCGCCUGGCGAGGACCUCGCGGCGUGGCUCACUGCUCGGUCGGAUGGCGCGCUCGUCGCUGCGGCAUUCCUCAACUCUGGAUCCGAGGCUAUUGACACUGCCAUCAAGAUUGUGAGGCAGUACUGGCUUGAAGAGGGCCAGCCGCAGCGCGAGUACAUCAUCGCUCGCAACCCCAGCUACCACGGCAACACCCUUGCCGGCCUUGGCAUUGGCAAUGUCGCUUCUCGCCGUGGGCUCUACGCACCAUACAUCCCCGAUACGUUCCAGCACGUCACGACACCACAGCUCAAGCGCUCAGGCGAGAGCGAGGAGGCAUACGUUGCCCAGCUCGCCAAGGAGCUCGACGACAAGAUCACCGCGUUGGGUCCCCAGAACGUCGCCGCAUUCCUUGCCGAGCCCGUUGUCGGCUCGUCUGUUGGCGUCAUGCCCCCUCCAAAGGGCUACUUCCCAGCCAUGGCCGCCGUAUGCAAGAAGCACAACAUCCUCUUUGUCAUGGACGAGGUCAUGUGCGGAACUGGCCGCUCGGGCACCUUGUUCGCGUACCAGAGCGUGUGCGAGGGUGUCCAACCCGACAUUCUCACCAUGGCAAAGGGCCUUGGCGGCGGCUACGUGACCAUCUCGGGCGUCCUCGUCGGCCCCCGCGUAGCCGACAAGAUUAUCGCCGCGGGCCAGUGGAAGUCGUCGCAGACGUACCAGAACCACCCUAUCAACUGUGCGGUCGCCCUCUCGGUCGUGAACAAGAUCGAGCGUCUUCUCCCCAACGUGCAGGCGCGCGGCAAGCAGUGUGUCGCCGAGCUGCAGGAGGCGUUCAAGGACGAGCCUGCAGUCUACGACGUCCGCGGACAAGGUCUGUUCAUUGGCGUCGAGUUUGAUGUCCCAAGUGAUCUCAGCCCUCGGUUCGCGACCCGUGUCAAGAACAGGUGUUUCGACAACGGCCUCCUCUCCCUAGCGGUGAGCGGCGGUGUUGACGGGACCCAAGGCGAGGCUAUCGUUCUGGCACCCGCCUACAAUGCUAAAGAGGCCGAGAUUUCGACGAUGGUGGAGAUUCUGGUCAAGUCGGUCAAGGAGUGUCUGGCAGAGUUGAAGAAGGAAACUGCAUAA